ACAGUAUCCAGGGCGCCAUGUGCUACUGAGGCGCUGAGACUGGAAGGGUACCGGCUGUGACGGACGAGAGUGUGUGUGCAGGUUUUGGAUGUGUCCUCGUUGUUGAACGGUUCCAGCGAUCGCUAGCAUGUACAGCACCAGAGUUUGCCUCCGCAGUGCGCUGCGGGCCGCCGCCGCUGUGCACCGGCACCAGCUCCUACAGCAGACACCAGUGUUGUGUGCGCUCAGACUCCUGAGGACAAGCGCUGCUACACAAGAUGCCAUCGCCACACCGCCCUUAGACGGAACACCCAAGCAAUAUUCGCCCAAAAUCCAGCAGCUGGUCACUGACAUAGCCGGCCUCACCUUGUUAGAAGUGUCAGACCUCAACGAGCUCUUAAAGAAAACUCUGAACAUUCAGGAUGUAGGAAUGAUGCCGAUGGGGGCGCUGGCUGCCUCGGCUGCUCCAGCUGCUCAGGUCCCAGAGGAAGAUGAGGCGCCGGUCAAGAAGGAGAAAACUCACUUCACAGUAAAACUGACUGAACUCAACUCGUCUGAGAAAGUCAAGCUCAUUAAAGAAGUGAAGAACUGCAUUCAAGGCUUGAAUCUGGUGCAGGCCAAAAAGCUAGUGGAGUCUCUCCCUCAGGAGAUCCGUGCCAACGUUUCCAAAGAGGAGGCUGAGAAAUUGAAAGCAGCUCUUGAGGCAGCAGGUGGCACUGUGGUGCUGGAGUAGACCUCCUCUCUGCCACUCAUUACAUUUUUUUUGUACUUGGAGAAAAAGACAAACGUGGCUUCAGGAGGUGGGAAACAAAAACUGCCUUCUCACACUGACUCCCCCGCUCAAGGCGGCACAAGUCGGACUGAACUCUCCGGGCCUGCUGCCCGAACCCGGGGCCGAGUUUGUUUCUCCAUUUGUCUGCUCAUGUCUCUUGUGCGGAAGACGCGUCACAAGCUCUGGCACUUGGCUUUCCAAGCAGUUUGUAUAGACACAUGUAUCUCUGUUUAAUGAAACAUGUCUGAGGAUUCUAAUGUUGAUAAUGAUUAAA